AUGACAGCCAACAGCCAAGAUGUUGAGGCUGCCUCUAGCAACAAUGCCUACAGCCAUCUAUCCCACAACGCAGCGGCCAUCCUCUCCCGUCAGGUUGAUAGCACACCAGCAGUCGUCAAGUACAAUUCUCUUUUUCGCUAUGCAACGAAUUCCGACCUCUGCCUUCUCGCUGGAAGUGGGCUUAGUGCCAUCGCCGCAGGUGCAAGUUUGCCAUUGAUGACCAUCAUUUAUGGCUCCCUCGCCGGUACUGUAAAUCGAUUGACGCUCUAUUUCGUCUACCUCGCUAUUGGCCAGUUUGCCACGAUUUACAUUGCCACGGUCGGUUUCAACUAUGUCGGCGAACACAUCACCGCUAAAGUCCGAGAAAACUAUCUCGCAGGGGUUUUGCGGCAGAAUAUGGCCUAUUUUGAUCUUCUUGGAGCGGGCGAGAUCACAACCCGAAUCACGGCAGAUACCAAUUUAUUGCAAGAUGGAAUUUCGGGAAAGGUGGCAUUGACCCUUCAAGGCAUCGCAACCUUCGUCACAGCCUACAUCAUCUCCUACGUUCGCUUUUGGAAACUGGCGCUUAUCCUGACUUCGACCGUUGUGGCCAUCGUACUUACGGGUGGAGCACUUGGGCGUCUGUCUAUUCGGUGGACAAAGCUCUCUCUCGCGUCUUACGCCAGGGGUGGAUCGCUUGUCGAAGAGGUCUUCAGCUCGAUCAGAAAUACCAUUGCAGCCGUGACGACGACUGCUACGGUCGGAUUCAUGAUGUGUUACAUCUAUCUGUCUUACGCACUGGCGUUUUGGCUGGGCAGCAAAUAUGUUGCAAACGGAGAAUGCUCCCUUAGUGAUGUCCUCACAAUCCUUUUGGCCAUCAUCAUGGGCGCAUUUGCCUUGGGCAACUUGGCGCCAAAUAUGCAAGCAUUCGCGACCGCCAUUGCAGCGGCCUCAAAAAUUUACUCGACAAUCGAUCGCCCUUCGCCCCUAGAUCCCAGCGACGAGAAAGGCAUUAAAAUUGACCGCUCCGAGCUCAAGGGCAGGGUUGAGUUUCGUCAAGUUAAGCUUGUCUAUCCCUCGAGGGCCCAUGUUGUUGCUCUGGACUCUGUGAGCUUUGACGCACACCCCAACGAGACAACGGCGCUCGUAGGGGUAUCGGGGUCUGGGAAAAGCUCUGUGGUGGGUCUUCUCGAACGCUUCUACGAGCCAUUGGAAGGUGAGAUCCUGCUCGAUGGAAUCAAAAUCGAAGACCUUAAUCUACAAUGGCUUCGCCAGCAAGUGGGCAUUGUUUCACAAGAGCCAGUCUUGUUUGCCACGACGAUCGCACAAAACAUUCGAUAUGGUCUCAUCGGCACCAAAUACGAGCACUUAGCAGACGAUGACAAACAAAUUUUGGCGCUCAUCACGGAAGCGGCCAAAACAGCCUAUGCUCAUGAAUUUAUCUCUGACCUUGAUCAAGGAUAUCAAACCAAUGUCGGCGUGGGCGGUCUUCUGUUAUCAGGCGGCCAGAAGCAACGGAUAGCUUUAGCACGUGCAAUCAUCGGAGAUCCCAAGAUCCUGCUGCUAGACGAGGCGACUUCUGCUCUGGACACAAAAAGCGAAGGUGUGGUUCAAGCGGCAUUAGAGCGCGCCUCUCGCGGCCGGACUACAAUUGUGAUUGCGCAUCGGUUGAGCACAGUAAAAAAUGCACAUAAGAUUAUCGUCAUGUCUCAUGGAAAGGUUGUCGAGCAGGGCACUCAUAAUGACUUGCUCGAAGCAAAGGGUGUCUACCAUACCCUUGUCGAAGCCCAGGAAUCGGAGGUGACAACGCGUCAACAAGCUCUGAUCUGA